ACACAAAAUAUAAACUUAUAGUACGUACAAAUAUAUCUACGUGAUGUUAGAAUUUACAGACAAAGGAACAAGCUGGUUGAUGAAAAAGCGAGAGCUCGCUCUGUCUUAUCGCAUGGAAUCUGAAGAAGCUUCUAAGAAAAGAAAGUGCCACCAAUUAUUAGCAAAUGAUGAUCUCGUCGAAAGAGUCGAAGCUUCUUCCUUUGAUCAGAAGAGAAAAAGAUUCAGUGAAGACACAGCAAAUUAUAUCGAUGAAGAAUAUCAUCACAACCGCAAGAGCCUUGAUCUUGAACUCAACUUGUCACCAUCUCUGAUCGAUCUAAACAAUCAUCAUGAUCAUGAUCACGAUCUGAGUAAUUACAAUAAAAAUUAUGAGAGAGUUGAGCGGAAGAAGAAGAUGAUGGAGAUGGGUUCAGUGUUGGGGCUAAAAACACAGAAAAGCAUGGGGUGUGUUGCUUUUGACCUCGACGACGACGGUAAUGACAGUAAUGGCGGUGGCGGCGAGGAGGAGAUGGUGGCGAGAGUGUGCAUGAAAUGUAAUAUGUUGGUGAUGCUGUGUAAAGCUUUACCAGCGUGUCCUAAUUGCAAGUUUAUGCAUUCACCUGAAGACACCACUCUCUCACUUCUCUUCACUCCCAAGCCUACUUUGCUAGCUUAGUUAAUAUAGUUAUUGUUUUUAGUUUCUAAUUAUAUCUAUAUCUAAUCACUAAUUAAUGCUUAGUAUUUAUUGUUUUUUAUCGAACAAUACUUUAUUUGUUGAGAUGUUGUUGAACGUCUGAUU